UGGUGUCCUUGUCUCUAUGCUAGAAGUUGCUAAUCUCAUUUCUAGGUUAUCACCACCUUACUCGUUUCGCACCUAUUGUUCUUAUCGCUUCAUAUCCCUGGCUAUUGCAACUUAUCUGAACUUUACCAAUACAUUAUAUUUCACAACGAAAGAGAGAUGACCAAGCGGUGUGGGCUGAGCAGGGAUUACGAACGGAGAUGAACAAAUGACAACAAUCACUAGAGCAAACAUGGCUGCCAAACUGGGAAAAGUUUCUUACGAUAACCAUGCGUUCGAAAAUGAACAUCAGGGUAACUUUACCCUGCGAGAACCCCAACAUUCAGAUCAUAAUCACCGCCCUAAGCUGCCGUGGGACGUGUUUACAGAAACCUCCCGCAGUAAUUUCCGCCAUGGGAAUGUCAUUCAGAUGACACUCUUGAAAAUCCUGUUCAAACUACUCUGUGCCUGUGUAUUAACGAUCUUGAUCUUCUCCCUGGCCGUUACCAACAGAAUCACUUUAAUAAUAAUAACCCAGUCCUUACGAAUCAACGAAGAUCCAAAGCACUGUGACAACGGCAGCCCGUUCCUGCAUUUCUGUAAAGCAAUUUCAAAUUGUACAACAACGACUUCCUCCCCGAACAAUGGUCGCGAAAUAAACGUCUCUUGGAUAUGGGCCAUGCUGCUGGUAAUCUGCUGCCCCUACAUCUAUGAAUUUAUGGUUAAUAUGUGGAGAGUAAUUUUCAAACGUCUGUUCAUGCUGAAAAUAAAAUGGUUCGUGCUGAUUUGCGUAACAGAAUGUCUUCACACUGUUGGUUUAUGGAUGCUCGUGUUUGUUUUGCUGCCAAACGUGGAACCAGUGCAGGCAGUGCUUAUAAUAUAUGGCAUCACAUUCUUUCCAUGUCUCAUUGACUUCGUUGCUUCUAUUUUACUGUUCAAGGAACCCUCAUCUUACACUGCUGACUAUUCAAAAAAAAAAUCUUUUGGCAGAAUAUUUCUGACUGUGUUGGUUUUUCUCCUUACCGUCACUCUUAUCGCCUCUUACACAUAUUUCCAAUAUAAAUGCAAACCCUCUUUGCACUAUUUGAUUCCCAUUCCGCUGGUUCUCGUGUCUAUACGCUGGUGGGAGUCUUUUGCCGAUAUCAUAGAAAAUAAAUCCUUAACAACUAUUUUAUCCCAAAUAAAAAAAAACAAAGCCGGAAGUAAUGUUUUCAUGUCACCAGUGAAAAUAGCACUCAACCUUUUAUUGACGGCUUUUUAUUUUUCACUUAACAAAGAGUGCACAGAAGUUAUGAUCUUCGCAAACAAAAAUAUUUCACAUUGCGGAUUAUCAGAAACGACUCUGAGAUCCGAUCCCCAUUUCAAUGAACCGUUUACUUUCGCAAGCAUUAACAUUAUAUCGUCCUUUUUAUGUUUUCAAUUUUCGAAAGUUGCUUGCAAACUGAUGCUGCAGAACCUGUCUUUUUCUUUCCCGUUGAUCAUCGUUGGCCCGGCUUCCUUCUUCUUGGUCUCCUACGUACAAUACAGACCAACGUCAUUUCUGGACUUUGAACAAGUAAACUGCGAUCACUUUGCUGACGUUCUCCAACAAUUCGGCUGCAACAGCUUCUUGUUGAUCCUGUUGUUCGUCGCUUAUGUAAUAACCACGAGGCACGUGUGGUACCCGAAAAUCGAGAGACUUGCCAAAGACAGGAAAUUGUUCUUCAAAUUGAGUUACUGCGGAAUCCUGCUGGACCAAGAUCUGCUUCUAAACCGAAAACACGACAAAGGUGAAGUGAAAGCGGACCAAAACGAAAUCAAGAUCAGUGCCAUGAAAUAUGAUGCGGACGGUAUUCGUAUGUAUAGACUUGGAUCCACACCAAAAAUUUACGCAUGCGCAACAAUGUGGCAUGAAACGGAAAACGAAAUGUUACAAUUAUUGAAGUCGAUAUUUAGAAUGGACAAAGACCAAUUCACACGAAGUUUCAUGCAAGAGAAAGUCGGCAUCGUUGAUAACGACUACUAUGAAUUCGAAGGCCACAUAUUUGUUGAUGAUGCUUAUACAAAAACAGACGGUCAACUCCAAAUCAAUACAUAUGUCGAAUGUCUAAUGAGAUUAGUAGAAAAGGCAGGCAGCGCAAUCCACACAGACGUCUUUAUCGAGAAACCGACGAUAUGUAGUACGCCGUAUGGAGACCGCUUGGAAUGGAUCCUUCCUGGUGGAAACAAUCUGGUCGCCCACCUAAAAGACAAAAAUAGAAUAAGGCACAGGAAGCGGUGGAGCCAGGUUAUGUACAUGUACUACAUCUUGGGCCACCAGAUUGCAUCCGUUGAUAUCAAGUUACGUCAAAAAGUCAGACGUUCCGAAAAUACAUUUUUGCUGGCUUUAGACGGAGAUGUAGACUUCGAACCGUCGUCUGUUCUACUUUUAUUGGACAGAAUGAAGAGAAACCCUGUGGUCGGGGCAGCUUGUGGAAGAAUACAUCCCAUUGGAAAUGGUCCAAUGGUAUGGUACCAGAAAUUUGAAUAUGCAGUCAGUCAUUGGUUACAGAAAUCCGCUGAACACAUGACCGGAUGUGUUCUUUGCAGUCCCGGAUGCUUUAGCCUUUUCCGAGGAUCAGCACUAAUCAAGCCAAACGUUCUGAGGCGAUACACCACAAUGCCAACUGAAGCCAAACACCAUGUACAGUACGACCAAGGUGAAGACCGAUGGCUGUGUACGCUUCUGCUACAAGAAGGGUCCCGGGUCGAAUACUGCGCAGCGUCCGAUGCCUUGACCUAUUGUCCUGAAAAUUUUAACGAAUUCUUCAAGCAGCGAAGGCGAUGGGCUCCGUCUACCAUGGCAAACAUAAUAGAACUUCUGGUGGACUGGCGGCAUGUACGAGAAGUAAACAGUAGCAUAUCUUUGCCGUACAUCGUCUACCAGACGGGUUUAAUGGCCGUCUCCAUCAUAACGCCGGCGACUAUUUUCCUCCUCGUGGUCGGCGCUUUGUCUGCGGCUUUCCCGUCCAUUUCAUUGACAGCUUCUCUCUUUAUUAACCUCGUCCCAGUCGUAAUCAUGCUGUUCUUGUGCUUUGUCACGCCAGAAGAUACGCAACUGAAGUUCGCCUCCAUCAUAACGCUCUUCUACACUAUAGCAAUGAUGCUUGUGUUCGUUGGUUUGAUGAGAGAAAUAUUUGAGUACAAGUUCUGUUCGACGACCGCUUUUUUGUUCAUAUUCGUUGCCGGCACAUUCCUGACGUCUGCACUCGCUCAUCCACAAGAAUUCAGUUGUGUUCUCCACGGUCUUCUUUACUUUCUUUUUGUGCCAUCCACAUCUAUUCUGUUGAUGGUUUAUGCUCUGGGAAAUCUUCACAAUAUUACCUGGGGAACACGAGACAAUUCAGCUAAAAGUAAACCCGCUCCUGUCAAGGGAAAGAAAUUGGGCUUUAGUAGUCAAAUCAAGAAUGUUUUAAUGUCAAAUUCUUCUGCGGGAAAUGAAAAAGAAUCAGAAUACUCCUUUUCGUGUGGAUAUCUUUGCCGCUGUCUGUGUUUUCUGAAAGAGAAAUCCAACAAAGAGCUAACACUUCUCGCGACGAUAUUAGAAAAGCUGGAUAACAUUAUAAAACCUAAAACAUCAAGGAAAAUCGAUUCAGAGCAAACAGUCCCCUUGAUAAAGAUCGAUAAUGCUACAAACGAGGAAAAAGAGGACGAGAACAGAUCAGAAACUCAGGAACUCGGCAAACAACAACCAAUAGAACAACAACCAAUACUACAACAACCAAUGCAACAACAACAACCACAACCAGAAGAACAACAGCCAGUGGCAGAAACAGCAGAAAGCAAUCGCUUCGCUUCUACAGAUUCGAGUGGUAGACCAAGAUACUGGCAGGAGCAUGAGUAUUUGAAAACUCUUAAUGAGACUGAACUUAGUGAAAACGAAAAGGAAUUCUGGCGUGAGCUUAUCCAAAAAUACCUUUAUCCCAUUGAUGAAGAUGAAAAGAAAAAGAAAGAAAUGCAAACAAAGUUACUCGAGCUUCGCAACAACGUUUGUUUGGCAUUCUUCAUAAUAAAUGCCUUAUUUGUAGUAGUUAUAUACGCCAUUGAAUAUAAUGUUCAGACAAGCAAGAGUAUUGGUUUACAAAUUUACUGUUCCGACACGAAUAAAACCAAAAUCGUAAAUGUCAUUUCGCUUGUCUUUUCAGCCGUGUUUGGUGUGACUUUGGUAAUUCAACUGAUCGCUAUGCUGUUUCAUCGAUGCGGUACAUUCUUACAUAUUUUAUCGACUAUCGAUUUGUCGUUGAAGCCGAUCAAUAAAGAAAUUAUCGAAGAAUGUCGCCAGAGUCUACUUUCAGCAAGUAAAGGUGACAAUGUCAGUGAUGCAACAACCGAUACUGUUGGUAGCUCUAGUUACGCAACGAAAAAGAAUCGGCGUGAAACAAAGAAAAUAUAUAAGUCAAAGACUCCAUCCCUGUACAAAGAUCUUCCGUCGAAGGCCGAGAAUACGUUGGUUAAUGUAGUGGAGGAUUAUGUAAAUCAGGACGAAAUGCCGCAUCUAUUUUCGAUCAACAAACCAAAAAUGAAUUGGAUGCCACUACUUGAUAACGAGGACAUAAAAGGAGAAGUUUUCAGAAAAACAGACGAGAUCAAAAACAGAUGGCGAUGUCUCGUCACUCAAGCAACUGGUAACGAUUUGAAGACUGUUCGAGGAAUUGCGCAAAUAUUAAUGGAAAGGAGAAACCAAAAUAAUGUAAAAUCGAACAAAGAUGGGCAGGAAGAUUCCAUUUGUAUUACUGAAAGUGAGAACGACGGUUCAUCAUCUCCAAAGUUAAGGAAUAAAUUGACAAGUAUUCAAUUUUCAAACUAUAAUUCACUUUUCGAAACAGAUGCAAUCAUUCAUUCACAUAACGAUGUCCAAAUACAAGAAAACGAUAGAUCAAGCUCUGAUGAGGAUUUUGAGGUUAGAUCAAAGAAAAAGAAUAAGUUGCUGAGAUUUACAUCUGAUCGAAGCUUACCGGGAAAUUCAAAUUUCAAGUCCAAACAGAAUCCACUUAAAAAGGCAGCAUCAUUCUUCAUUUCAUCAAAAAAGCGGACCGCAACAACGAAGUUUACGCCAAAUGCACGAACACCAACGGCAGCGAAAACGGAGACGUCGAUGGGGAGUUCGAUUACGACAAGUUCAGCGGCUGCGAAUGUAGAGUAUGAAAACAACAACGUUGGCGUGGAGACGGCUUCAGCUGGAGACAAUGUGGACGCAGCUCUGCAGGAAACGUGCAAUGACGAUUCAAAUUCGGUGACCAUUUCGACUGACGAAGAAACAUUGUCUGAUCAUUCAGAUAGUUAUGAGACACAAUUUUAAUCUCAUAUCUGCACGGUAUAUAUAUAUAUAUACACGCACAUACAUACAUACACACGCACGCACACAUACAUACAUACAUACAUACACCGCGUCUAUGCUCUACGCAGUAUUACAAUAACCACCAUAUCCCAGAGCAGGCUAGCGUGCAGAGUUCGAGUCGUAUUAUACAUUAGUAAGAAAUGCAAAAAAUGUGAUUAGUGUUUUUAAGCUUUAUGUAAUAUAAGCGCAUUUCCGCAAGACGACUGUCGCUAUUACACGAGCCGAUUGACUGCUACGCAAUCCGAUUGGCGCGCUUCCUCGGGAUUAUCAGCGAAAAUCACAGUAAAAUAUUAUGUUUGUAGCAUGCCUUUAUUUACCCGAUUAUGCACAUUAUGGAUCCGCGAGUUGGUGAAGUAGGAACGAGAGCGAUAGAAGGUGAGAUAAUAGGAAUGUACCAAGACAGAAGGCCUUGAAGAGAAGAGAGAAAGGCAGAGAUAGAUACACCUACACACGCAUACAUCCGGGCGAAACCAACGUGCACCCAGACAUACGCACACAUAUACAAGUCUAUACACUUUGGAAGGAAUACGGAAAGAAAAGAUGAAGGCCUUGUGUCGAUGUCGUAGUAAUAACCAAUAUAACGACACCUACGACGUCAUUCACUGGUUUCUAUCAAAGGGAAAAGAAAAUUAUACGUCCAUGUCGACAUUUCUAUAGUAUUCAGGUCGAUCUCCAUCGAGUACAGGGCACGAAGACAGGAUUGGCGCUAUGUAAAGAUUAUACACUUUUUAAAAAUUGAAUAUUUAUACACACACACACAUAUAUACAUAUAUACAUUCAAAUAUGCGUGUGUGUAUAUAUAUACAUACAUAUAUAUAUAUAUUACAUACCUUGUUUCUGAUAUAUAUAUAUAUAUAUAUAUAUAUAAUAUAUAUAUAUAUAUGGGGGUGUAUAUAUGUAUGUAUAUAUAGUCUAGCAGUGGUCUGCCCUUGAGCAGUUACUGCGCAUGUGAACCCAGUAUUCUUCAUACGACCUGGGAAGACCCGUGGCUUCCUUUGCUGCUGUUAAGUAGAUUACUGGAAGUUCGGCUAUCAUAACCAGGCUUAAGAUGAACACUGGAGUGGUUUCCCGUUGCCUUUUUCAAGCAGGUGAGAUUUGAACUCAGAAUGCAGAGAACCGGAAGAUAUACCGUAAAGUAUUUCUGCCGACGCGCCAACGAUUCUGCCACCCCCACCCAAGAGCAACGUGAAAUGAAGUGUUUUGCUCAAGAACACAACACACCACCCGGUCCGGGAAUCGAACCUAUCAUCUAGAGAUCGAGAAUGCAACGCUCUAACCACUUGUGUGAGGGCGCGCACAUAUGUGCAGAGGGUUGUGUCCGUUUUUUUUUUUUUAAUAAAACACUUUUUGACUAUAGUAAUACUUAUCAGUAUUUCAAAUGCAGUUAGUUAAAAUGUGUUACAUUUAUAAUAUAUCUUAAUGUUUAUAUUCUGUUUCUUUUUUGAGAAAUCAUUUCACUUUAAUUUGUUAUAUUUGGUACUUAUAUAUAAAUAUGAUAUUGUUCUC